GAGAAUCUUAAGUAUCUUAAACAUUAAUUGAGCCAGUGGAAAACCAAAGUACUGCCGAUUAGCUGUUCCGAGUUCAGCAGAAAGCCAUGGAUUUUAAAGAACGAAACCUAGUCACAAACUUAUUGGAGGUGUUCAAGGGCGGCGGAAUUCCAGUGUCUAUAGAAAUUUCACCGCCCGAAUCUCAGACGGAAACUCAACGUCUUUUAUUAAGAAUUGAUGGCAUUUAUGCACGUUGUCAUCUUCAAUUUUGUGCUGUAACAUGGCAUUUAAGAAACUUUUCCACUUCUGAUGGAAUUAAUUUUAAAGCAAUUCAAUUUGCCCACAAUCUUCAGAGUAGAAAUAAAGAAGUGUUACUUCAUGUUGCUGCAAAAAGGUUGAACAGAGAAAAUGUAUUACAAAUUUUGAAAGAAUUGCAGAGUCUUAAAAUCAAUAACAUAUUUGCUCUUCGAGGAGAUGAUGUGGGCACAAUAUCACAAGAUUAUUUUCUAUAUGCUGAGCAAUUGGUGAGAUUCAUCAGGGAAAAUACAGGUGAAGAAAUGGUAAUUUGUGUUGCUGGUUACCCCAAUGGUCACCCGGAAGGAGAAUCUUACAGAUCAGACUUAAUUUAUUUGAGAGAAAAGGUAAAAGCUGGAGCAAACUUCAUUAUAACACAAAUAAUACUUGAAGCUGAAACAUUCAAUUGUUUUGUAAGGGACUGCCACGACUUAGGCAUAAAUGUGCCAAUUUUGGCAGGUAUAAUGCCAAUUCAGGAUUAUAACUCCUUCAAACGCAUGUCAAAUAUAUGUCAUCUUGAAAUUCCCAAACAUAUUGAAACAACUCUACAAUCAAUACAAGAAAAUCCGGAAACUGUUAAAAACUUUGGAAUUUUUCAUGCAGUGAUGACAGUGAAAGGCAUUUUGUCUGCAAGAAAUUCAUUGUGUGGACUUCACUUUUUCACAAUGAACAGAUCAUCAUCAUUACUGAAAAUAUUAAAAUAUUCUGGACUUAUUGCUUCAAGUCCAUCAAAACCUCUAGCAGCAUGUGCAACUGACACUGAAAACUAUUUAAAAAUCAAACAAACACAAAUUCAUUAAAAAUGAAGCAACCCCUGCUGCCCUCCAUUUUUCAUGUGAUGCCUCUUGUAAUAAAUUUUGAAAAGUGUUAGUAUGAAGUAUUUUUGUAUGUUUUUGUUCUUCAAACACGAAUAUUAAUGAAAUGUAAUCAAUUGUCUAAUGUUAUUCAAUUAAUAAAAGAUAAAUAAAUGUGGUAUAUAUUUUUUCAUAAAAUUUUGUUAAUUCUUACAACAAAUAUGCAUAGAAAAUUUUAAACUGUCAGUAAACCACAACUUAUCAAUUGUUUUAAUUGUUAGUUAUUCACAAAUAAUGCAGCAAAACAUAAUAUGUGAAGAUUAAAACUUCAAGAAAUAUCAACCAAUGCAUUCUCUUCAUGCCACAGCUUCACAAUCUUCACGCUCUUUCUAUACUGCUUCAUUUGCAACAAUACUACUCCACUCCAAAUGAACACAAAUAAAGCAUUGCAGACUAUUGUAGAUGUAUUGUUGAUUCAAUCAAUCAAGAAUCAAGCUUCCAUGAAUUAUCAGGUCACUGAGAACACUUUUAGAAUUUUUUAAUCUAUCAGCACCAUCUGAAUCUGCACCUUCUUUUGCUCUUUGGAGUUAUUAUAGAGCACUUGACCUGACACCAAAAUCACUCAAUUGAGUUCGUUGGCCAUGUAAAAACAUAAAUUUACAAAUGUGAGAAAAAAACUCCAAUUUUAAAUUUUUCUUUAGCAUAAAGAGAAAAUAUAAUUCACAAUGCGUGUGGCUACAAAAUAUCCUCUACCUUCAUUGUUCCAUUCUACUUAUUCACAUAUAUCAAAUUAUAAAUAUUUGAUGAGAAUAAAGAGUGAAAAUGUUACUAAAUAAGUCUGUAAGUUAAUACAAUUCAUCAGUACCAUCCAUAUAAAGUUAAUUCAAAAUAAGAAAAGGCAAUUCUUGAAAUAUUUGUUAAAAACAAAAAAAUUAAGAAAAAACAUUCUUUGGCAAUUAUUUCUUCUAAAGUGGCAUCGCAAAUGAUGAGCCAUGUACCAUUUUAAUACUUUACAAGUACCAGAAUUUUUACCCGAGCAAAAGAACAAUGCCUCAUAAUAACAAGUACAUGUAAUUAUCUGAUUCAUUGUUAAAAUGUACUCUUCUCCUCUUGAUCUGCACACGAGAAAUAAAACAUAUUCGAGAAAUAAAACAUUCACAAAUAUAAAGAAAUCUCUUGAGCAGAUUUCCUAACCACCCUAGUGUUAUCAUUACUAACGCGAGUCCUUAAUUAGUCUACUACAUUAAAUUACAGGAUUGUUCUUAUACUCGCAGACUUCAAGCUUUUAGAGUUAACUGAAAUAUUUUCAUAGCAUAUUUCACAUUCCAGAAAG